UAGGUUGGUGUGACUUUCAGAGAAGUCUGUUCCGCAUAAAGGCAGCAUUGCUGAGGCCAACGGGCCAGAGAGGACCCAGAAUCAUGCCAGUGGUUCUUCCCAUUGUGCUCUAUCUCGGGUUGCAUCUAGCCCAGAGCACUCAGGCUCAGAAUGGAUAUCUCCCCCCACCUGUUAUCACAGCUCAGCCUGGAUCCAUGGUUCUAAAUAAUAAACCAGUGACCAUCCUGUGCCAAGGGCCUCCAGAGGCUGCAGCCUACGAGAUACAUACAGAGGAAGAACCUGAGCCUAGGGCUGGAAGGAAAUUGCUGGUGGCUGGGAAGACCAGAACUUUAUAUAUCCAAGAGAUGAAACCAGACCGGACAGGACUGUACCGCUGUUCCUAUCAGAGUGGAGGACACUGGUCUUCACUCAGUGAUUCCCUGCAUCUGGUGAUGAUGGGAUCUUAUGACAAACCCUCACUCUCAAGCAUGAGUGGCACAGUGGUGACUUCAGGAAACAAUGUGACGUUACAGUGUUUCUCCAGAAUCGGAUUUCAGGCAUUUAUUCUCACCAAACAAGACGCACCUCAGUUCACCAAGAGACAAAGCUCCACAGCCCAGGACAAAGGACAGCAGGCCACCUUCCACAUGGACCGUGUCACCUCCACACAGGCUGGGACCUACAGAUGCUACGGUGCCUUCAGCAAAGACCCGUAUGUGUGGUCUCAUGCCAGUGACCCAUUGCAGCUUGAGGUCAGAGAAGCUCCUUCCGACCCCACACCCGUGGAGCCCAAACAUCCACAAGCCACAGACCACAACCAGACCCAGAACCACCAUGGUAUUCUGAUCGGCUUCCCAGUGGCCAUCGUCCUCCUGCUCCUCCUCUUCCUCCUCCUUUUCUUCAUCCUCCGCCACCGCCAUCGCAAAGCCAAAAACAAUGCCACCGAGGCAAAGAGACAGCCACAGGAAGUGGAACCCAUGAACGGACUGGCCUCUGAAGCUAGAGACCCACAGGAUGUCACCUAUUUCCAAGUGGCCUUCAAUGCCCCCACCCACGGCACAGCUUCAGCCCCCUCCUUGCUGCCCAAGCCUGCCCAGGCCAGUGAGUAUGCCACACUCAUGCUGAGAUGAGCCGUGCUCUGGACAGUAGGACUCAGAGCUACCAGUUGCAAGGUCCCUCCUCUGGCAUCAUUGCUUCUAAAUCUGAGGCUGUCAGGUGGGCUGAGGGGACCCACCCACGUCACCCAGAAAGAAGGCCCCGAGCCCCCUGAAUCUGGAGAUUAUCACCCAGUCAGUUCCAGAAUCUCUACCAUAAUUGCCCAUCAAUUCCUGGGACCCUCCUGGGUUAUUGGGACGAUGGCAGAGUAAUGUUUGUAUGUUCUCAUUGAUUAAACAAAUAUACUUAAAUCA